UAACGUUACGUAAAGAAUGUGGGUGGAUACUUUCUCUUGAUAAUUCGAUGGAUUUUUAGCUGCAGAAAAACUCAGCACGUGCUGUCGCGUUUGUGUUUACACGGUGCUGUCAACAUAUUCAGCACAUGCCCUAACGAACGGUUAAGAUAACGUACACGAGCAAGUUGAGAGUGUGGCAGCAGAGUUGAGCAACAUAUACAAGGUGUGAACUAAUUCGCAGCAAAAACACACCGAACGAUCUCGCUUGCUUACGUUGAUAAGCCUUUGAACGCGAACGGAAGGAACGGGUAUACGCCACCACCACCAACUGACACACACACUCGAUCAACUGACCUUCGGCAAAAUGAGCGUUUCGAAGUAUCUUCCUGUUCAUGUGUCCACCUCGCAGAAAAUUAUCAUACUCUCGGUGUCAGCCGGGGUAGCCCUAUUGGGAGCCCUUGCGGCUUACCUGGGUCGCCGGAGAACUCCACUGCCCCAGCAGCGCCGAAUACGGAAACCCUGUAACAGACGGACACGCAACAGCGUUCGCAGCCCGAACGAUAUCAUGUCCGUGGCUGGUUCGAAGGUGUCCGCCCGUUCGUACAGCCCGAGCGGAUCGGUCCAUGCAAUCUCCGAUCGGAUGUCACUCGCGUCCGGUUCACUAGUAGCCGCCGGCGGUGCAGUAGGAGCAAUGGGCACGAUAGCCAUUCUCGGCAACAGCACACCCCUUACACCGCAACAGCUCGGUGUGAUGGGUAUGGAAGCGCUAGAGAACGUCGUAAGCUAUUGGGAGGAUGCACUGGCUGGGCGCAACGAUGUGGACAUUCCCGGUCGGGCGGCGAAUGCCGAUGAGGAUGAAUUUUGUCGUGAGCUGCAAAACCUGCUAGACGCGGCAUACAACCUACAGGAACAGGGGGAGCUACUGUUCUUGGACGAACGAUCCGUGCUUUACCGGGACGAUGAGCGGAAAGCCAUCACGGGCGGAGAGCACGGCCUAACGAACGGUCACCGUUCCGGCUCGGAUCCGAACUUUGAUUCGGCCGAAAGUUUUGCUUCCGCGCUGGAUCAGGUGGCCGAUUUGCGUGAAUUCGACGACACGGAAUCGUUCAUGGAUCUGGAACGAUAUCCGCUGUACUCGAGCGCAAUAGACACGAUGGAUGAGCAGCAGAUACCGUAUCGAACGUUGCGGACCGAUAUGGUCGGCUGUGCGUCCGAUACGGAGUACCUGGCGAAGCUACACUGCAUACGAUUAGCUUUUAAAUUACUAUUCAAGGAUCCCAAAAAUAGCCGCUGGGUGGCCGAUACCGGACGGCAGAUACUGACCGAUCUGCUCUGCCUCGGCGAUAAGGAUCCGAAGGAUUUUCUCGUCGCGUACGAAUCGAUGCUGGAGUUUCUCCAGAACCCAAACCACUGGAACGACAUCGAGCUCGAGCUGGAAUCGCGCAACGUGAAGGCAAUGACGUUCUACGACGUCGUGCUGGACUUUAUCAUACUGGAUGCGUUCCGUGAUCUGGACGCACCGCCCAACAGCGUGCUUGCCGUCAUCAAUAAUCGCUUCCUGUCGAACGGCUUCAAAGAGUCGGCCCUCGCGACGGCCGUAUGGUCGGUGCUGAAGGCGAAAAAGCGUAUGCUCAAGUUCCCGAACGGGUUCAUGUCCCACUUCUACUGCAUCACCGAGCAGCUGUCGCCGCUGAUGGUGUGGGGUUUCUUCGGACCGAACGAAAACCUUAAGGAGGUGUGCCAAUACUUCAAGGACGAAACCAUUGGCUUCCUGAGCGACAUCUACAGCUUCCAGAAGUGUCGCUACACCACCGUCGAGGAGUUGGCGGAAGACAUUCUCGAAAAUAUGCGCAAACGCGUUAACAACAUCGGCGUGAAGUUCAAUCAGUAGUAGUACCACGGUUGGGCAGUUUAGGUGUUACUUUUGAGGGAGUGGGACAAACUAGCUUGGUUGUAGAUUAUAUUUUAUCCUGGUGUUUCGUUCAUUCUAAUUUAUUCCAUUUACCAGAACGGAUGGAAGGCUUAACGACGUGAGAAGAAAGUUUUGCC